CGUUAAUGAGUUUGGAGUUUGCCAUCUGCAAACAGCUUGAGAACUAGAUGUAAAUACAUUUCAGGGAAGCAGCACAUAACCUCUCUUAUAGGAAAAUCUGCACCAUUUUUAUCAAUUAGGGAUCAUUGAUUUGUGUUAAAUUUUGGACUUCUUGAAUACAAUAUGAAGCUAAGCGUUGGAAUAUUUUUUGGAGGCUUGUUUGGUGCUAUGGGAUUUUUAAUCUUUUUAGUGGCAUUUGGAUCAGAUUAUUGGGUUCUUGCCAUGGAAGUUGAAAAUUGCUCUGCGAAUCAAAGCAGUUUGACGGGUGAAGAUAGUAAUUCUGUCCUUUUACACCAUGAAGGAUUCUUUUGGAGAUGCUGGUUUAAGAGUGAUAUAGGAAAUGACACAAACAACAUGGGAGCUUUUUGGAUAACCAAUCAAGCAUCUACAAAGAAUUGCACACAUGCUUACUUAUCCCCAUUUCCAAUGAGCAGAGACAACAGCAAUUCUACAGCAUAUCAUUCUUCUAUUGUUUAUCGUGGUUUUUGGGCAAUAUUCAUGCUGAUUGGUGUGGCCACUGUUGUAGUAGCUGGUUUUGUCAUUAUCUGUGCUGCGCCAUUUACAAACCAUAGACUUUAUAAAGCAGGAGGAGGACUUUUCAUCACUUCUGGUAUAUUUUUCACUCUGGUGGUUGUCAUGCAUGUCAUUUGGGUGCAAUGGGUAGCUGAUCUGAAAACGUACGCGGACACAAGGCUGCAGGAUUGUUCACAAUUCAAUGUUCAUAUUCGCUAUGGAUGGUCUUUUAUGCUUGCUCCUUUUGGAAUUUUUUUCUCUUUGUUUGCAGGAAUGCUUUUCCUUUUAGUUGGACAUACCAUAAUGCUGCAUACUAAAUAACAGAAUUUGUAAGCGCACAUAACUUCUUAAUCUUUAAACAAAAAAAAUCAAGACUUCAAAUUCCUUUUCCUUCAAGGAAUUACCAACUGAUUGAUCAAUUAUCAGUCAUUUUGACUAUAUAUUUACAUAUGCAAAUGUUGGAUCAACAGUAUUAUACUUUUUUUUUGUCAUAACAAUCAGACCAAAUCACAAAUGCAUCAAAUAUAUAUACGUUUUUGUGAAUUGUUCAUGUUUUUCAUUAUCGCAAGCUAACAACAAUUGAAAAGAAAGGAAUGGGAAUGUAAUUCAA